GAGAAGGAGAGACUGCAGGAGACUGCAGGCACUGAUGGUCACCAUGCAUUCAGCUGUCCUGGCCACUUUCUUCUUGUUGAGCUGGACUCACUGUUGGUCCCUGCCCCUGCCCAAUGGUGAUGAUGAUGACGACUUAUCUGAGGAAGACUUCGAGUUUGCAGAGCACUACCUGAAAUCCUACUAUCAUCCCGUGACUCUCGCUGGAAUUCUGAAAAAGUCUGCAGUGACCUCCACAGUUGAUAGGCUCCGAGAAAUGCAGUCUUUCUUCGGCCUAGAGGUGACUGGAAAACUUGAUGAUCCCACCUUAGACAUCAUGAGAAAACCAAGAUGCGGAGUCCCUGAUGUGGGUGAAUACAGUGUUUUCCCUCGAACGCUCAAAUGGUCCCAGACGAACUUAACUUACAGAAUUGUGAACUACACUCCCGAUAUGCCCCAUUCUGAAGUGGAGAAGGCCUUCAAAAAGGCCUUCAAAGUCUGGUCUGAUGUGACACCUCUGAAUUUCACCAGAAUCCAUGAUGGAACUGCUGAUAUCAUGAUAUCUUUUGGAACUAAAGAACAUGGUGACUUCUACCCUUUUGAUGGACCUUCUGGUCUUCUGGCACAUGCCUUUCCUCCUGGACCAAAUUAUGGAGGGGACGCCCAUUUUGAUGAUGAUGAAACCUGGACGAGCAGCUCCAAAGGCUACAACUUGUUUAUUGUUGCUGCCCAUGAGCUUGGCCACUCCCUAGGUCUGGACCACUCCAAGGACCCAGGAGCCCUGAUGUUUCCCAUCUAUACCUACACUGGCAAAAGCCAUUUCAUGCUUCCCGAUGAUGAUGUUCAAGGAAUCCAGUCUCUCUACGGGCCAGGAGAUGAAGACCCCAAUCCUAAACAUCCCAAAACACCAGAAAAGUGUGACCCAGCCUUAUCCCUUGAUGCCAUUACCAGCCUCCGAGGAGAAACCAUGAUCUUUAAAGACAGAUUCUUCUGGCGUCUGCACCCUCAGCAGGUUGAGGCAGAGCUGUUUUUGACAAAAUCAUUUUGGCCAGAACUUCCCAACCAUGUGGAUGCUGCAUAUGAACAUCCAUCCCAUGACCUUAUGUUCAUCUUUAGAGGUAGAAAAUUCUGGGCUCUCAAUGGUUAUGACAUUCUGGAAGGUUAUCCCAAAAAGAUAUCUGACCUGGGAUUUCCAAAAGAGGUGAAGAGGAUAAGUGCUGCUGUGCACCUUGAGGACAUGGGCAAGACCCUCUUCUUCUCCGGGAGCCAGGUGUGGAGAUAUGAUGAUGCUAACCAGACUAUGGACGAAGACUAUCCCCGACUCAUAGUAGAGGAAUUCCCCGGAAUUGGCGAUAAAGUAGAUGCUGUCUAUGAGAAAAAUGGCUAUAUCUACUUUUUCAAUGGGCCCAUACAGUUUGAAUACAGUAUCUGGAGUAACCGCAUUGUACGAGUCAUGCCAACAAAUUCCUUGUUGUGGUGUUAAGCAUCUUUUCAAAACUGUUACUUAACUCCUGGAGAGCAUUCAGGAUGACAAUUUCAGAUGUGUGGAUGGGGUUGGGAGACAACAGAAAGCUUAGUUCUGGGAACAGGCUUCAGUAAGAUAUCUUUGAGCAUGCAGUAUCUAUAUGACUAUUCGUGGCUGGAACCACAUUGAAGAAUUUUAAAGUAAUGAAAUUGAGAACCCCAAGGAUCACCUGAUUCUUGGGUGCUAUGAAAAACAGGAUUGAUGUUUUCCACAGCAAACAUGGGAUCCAUCUGCUGAUGAGAGUGAACAUAAUUAUUAAUAUAUUUAUAAAAAUUCCUAAAAGGAAUAAAAUGAAUCAUAUUUAUAUAACUGUAAAUUGUCUUUACAAAAAGAUACAAACUUACACAAACAUGGAAAUUUUGGGGAGUGUAUGGUAGUCACAGGUGAACACAGAUAGAGGGAAGUGCCUGUAAAAUACACAUUAGCAGACAACUUUCCAAAGGAGUGAUUUGGGCUUUGCACUGUGAAUAUUCAGAUUUAAACCCAUUUUCACAUAAACACUAAGAAAAUAUCCAAGUCACUACAGGAAAGGGGUAACGGCCACUUUAAGUAUAGGUGGCUUUGCAUUAGGCUUGAUUUUCAUUUUGGGUCACCACUCAAGGACUGUGUACAUUGAUAGAAGAUAGAGACACAGGGGUUUUCUCUUUUUGUUAAAGGAUUUCAGGUCUUUAAAAGGCCAUAGAGUAAAAAAUUAAAAUUGUUAUAAAAUACCUAAGCAAUAGCUUUUUCAUAAAUCAUUGGAUUAUUUGAGAGUAAAACUAGUGUUUCAACCCCAUUUAUCUACCUAAUUGUUUUCAUCCCCCCGUUUUGAUACACGGACUCACACGACAGGGAGUAAGGUGGACAUAGUGAGUAGUAGAUCUGCUAGGAUGGCCAGAAUAAAGACCGUGUCAGCUGGCCGGUGAGCUUCUGCCUUUGUUUGUUAAUUCCUCAUUGCUUAGUUAGUGUCUGACACUUGGCAACUACUGCUAUGUGGCAGUCACCAAGAAAACAACGAUUUUGCUGAGGGAUGGUGUUUAUCACACUGGGCAAUGGAAUAGAAGUGUG